AUGCGCUGCUGUGCAAACGUUCAGAAGCAUAAUGAUGGUACAAAUAUUACAUCGCACCGUUCACCAAGAUGGGGUUUCUUCAACUGGGUUGAGUUCGCCAACGAGCCUUGCGUGUCAAGAAACGGCUUCAGCGGCGUUUGUCUGACCAGCUCGGAAUGCAACUUACACGGCGGUGUCGCCAACGGACGCUGUGCCCAAGGCUACGGCGUUUGCUGCCAAGUGUCCCGAACUUGCGGUGAGAUCAUAACGCGAAACAACAGUUACUUCGUAGACCCAGCAUCCAUGGGUGGUUCACUGACUCCGAGUCCGAACGGUGUGCUCUGCUCUGUCACGGUCUACAAAGUGGACCCAACAGUGUGUCAGCUGAGACUGAACAUGGAGCGCUUAGACAUCAUUGGUCCAGACGUAUCUCACUUGUCUGGAGUGUGCAGCCACGAUGCAUUCCACGUCAGUGGUCAGGAUGAAAACAGCGUGGUACCCUUAAUAUGUGGACUAAACAACGGACAACACGUUUACGUCAGCGUGAGCCAAUCAACUGGCCCGGUAAGACUGUCAAUUUUCCUCACUCCCAACGGUACGCAACGAAGCUGGAAGAUUAGAGUUAUCCAGCUGCCGUGCACCAGCCAGAGAUUAGCCCCUUCCGGUUGUCUGCAGUACCACGAAGAUCCUACUGGUGUCAUAUCGAGCUUCAACUACGGAAGUGACAGCCCUUCAACCGGAAGUGGAAGCGGACGCCUAGAGAGGGGCUACCCCAACUUCAGCCGAUACUCUAUUUGCUUUCGGCUGGCUGCUGGCGCGUGCGCACUGCGCCUAGCCAAAGACUGGCCCGUUCGGUGUGUACGCCGAUCCCGCUCCCGGAAAUGCUCUGGACCCAGGAAGGUCGGUGACCAAUCGCUGCGAAGACUUUCGCUUCGGGUCACCACUGCAGGCAGACUUCCUGAUGCUGGGCGUCCAGCCCUUCUGUGGAGAUGACUUUCCGGACUCUUUGGAAAUGGUGGACACGGGAGCAAUGGUCAUAACUUUUGUGGCAAACGGCACCCAUCGACCAGAGCACGCUGGCUUCAGACUUCGUUACCAAAUGGUGCCAUGCGUUCGUCGACGCCAUAAUCUCGACAUCGACUCAGCGAUAAAACUGCCCCUUCCGGAGCUAUUCCUCCAAGCCCCGACUACGAGCGCGCCACAAGCUUCUGCCGCCAGCGCUGGUCCCACAAGUGCAUCCGGCAGCGGUUUUCAGCAGGAAUUCCCUUUCAUUCCGGAGACGGAAGUCUACACCGAAUCCGGCUACUUCCCCGAGCCUGAUGGUCACUUUCCUGGUGGCCAAAUCGUUCUUUACCACAAGGGAGCGUACAAGGACCUCGCGAUGAAGAUUGUCAGAAAUCUCGUUUCCGUCGGCCGGAAGUGACAGCAGUACGU